AUGGAGAUUGGGAGUGGGAAACGAUUCAAGCUGGAUUCAAACCUGGGUCCCCAGGUGCACGAGGACAGCUAUUCCGCACACAGGCAGUUGCAAGAGGAAGUCAAGCACUGCAAGCUCAACCAGAGGAGCCAGCCGCUGACCCAGCAGCUGGAGCACAAGGCUGCCCUCCAGAAGCGGCUGGCCCACGCCGACCACACCCUGCAGAGGCUGGUCAACAUGGCCUCGCUGGUGGACAGCAUGAUCGUCCAGAGCCUGGUCACCAUCAUCCACCGCGAGGUCACCUCCUUCCUCGACAUAGUUCUAAAGAGGAAGAAUCCAGGACAGGUCAGUCUGUUUCAAGGAGAGCUCAGAUUUGGAGCAUCGGACCAACUGACAAUGUUCCCGCCACUGCACUUGUUUAAGGAGGUCUUGCAUGGUGCUGUGUUAUCAGUUGCUGAUUCAAUUAUGCAGGUGAGAGCCAGCAUUGAUUGA